UUUUUAAGGUUUAAAAAUCCUUGUUUGACUCAAAAGCAGGGAAGGGUGGAGAAGAAGGUGAAGAGUGAGUAGAUCUGAGUGUGAAGAAAAAAUCCUCCCAAAGUUUUCAUCUUUCAAUUAAAGGGUCUUCAAAUAAUGCUCUGAAUCAUCCUCUUUCUUCUUCUUCUCUUCUGUCACCCCUAUCACUCUCAGAGAAUGGCUCGUCCUUGUUUCCACAAGCUUGUUCUCUCCACCACUCUUCAAUCCAGACAACUGGAAAUGAAGUAAACCAGGAAACACAGGUAUAGGGCAGCUGUACGAAUAAGAACAAGAAUAGUACUGCGGCUAAAUAGGCCAUAUUUCCCCUUGAUUGGAGACAUAGUAUCCAAGCACUGUCCAUGAAGGUGGGGAUGAUGAUGAGGUCCUGUUUAGGAGGUGAUGGAAGGGCAGGAUCUGCCCAUUAUUCACUUCAUUGUUGAAUUUUCCAAUCUUAUAAGGAUUCCGGAUAUUUUUCUGAGGAAAUAUGGGACCCAGCUUUCUACAGUUGCUACCCUCACUGUUCCUGAUGGUAGUAUUUGGCGUAUAGGAUUGAAGAAAGCUGACAGCAAAAUUUGGUUUGUUGAUGGUUGGCAAGAUUUUAUCCAACGGUACUCCAUUGGUGUUGGAUACUUUUUGGUGUUCAUGUAUGAAGGGAAUUCGUCCUUUAUUGUUCAUAUUUUUAAUUUGAGUACCUCUGAGAUAAAUUAUCAAUCGGCUAUGAGAAACCAUAUGGAAGGACCCUGCUUUGUCAAUUACAAUCAUAUUUUCGAGGAAAUGGAAGACAUAGAUUCCAUUGAUUUGUCAGAUUUGUCACCUCCGUAUCUUACAUCUGGUGCCAUGCAAAACAAGGGUUUUGCAGGAUCUGUAGAUCAACUGACACCUGGGAAGAGUCAUACUCCGGCUCUGCAGAAUUUGUUCAAUGGUGGCUCAAAACUCAAUCGCGUAAACUGGGGUGAUGGUGGGAGUUCUUACUCUUCUAAGAGUGCCAAUUCACUAGGUAGCCAGUCAACCAGAGACAUAGGUGUUCAGUUUAAUGCUGUUGAGUUUAAAAGGUCCACUGAUGAAUUGAAAUUGCGUUAUUCUAACGAGGAAGCACUUAAUAAAACUGCAAAAAAGAAGCGGAAAUCAGAGUCCCAGGGCGAGGAACCCUCAGGUGAAAAUGAAGAGGAGGCAGAAAUGCGCUAUAGGUUUUAUGAAAGUGCAUCUGCAAGGAAAAGAACAGUGACAGCAGAAGAAAGAGAAAGGGCAAUUAAUGCAUCAAAAGCAUUUGAACCCACAAAUCCUUUCUGCAGAGUUGUCCUCCGACCCUCCUAUUUAUACAGAGGAUGCAUAAUGUACUUGCCUUCGUGCUUUGCUGAGAAGAAUCUGAAUGGGGUAUCAGGAUUCAUUAAACUUCAGUUGUCCAAUGGAAGACAGUGGUCCGUUCGCUGUCUCUACAGAGGAGGUCGAGCUAAGUUAAGUCAGGGAUGGUUUGAAUUCACCGUGGAGAACAAUCUCGGGGAGGGUGAUGUCUGUGUGUUUGAGCUCCUAAGAACAAAGGAAGUUGUGCUGCAAGUUACCGUCUUUCGUGUAACUGAGGAUGCAGGCUUGUUGAACUCUCCCCCUUCUGUGCAGCAGCUGAGCCAAAAUAUGAGCCACACCAAACUCUUGAACCCUCAUUUGCAGCAUCGCGUUAGCAGUACAGUGAAAUUGAUUAGAAAUUAGCGGGGACAGUUAAUUCCUGAUAGCCAGUCUGUGAUAAAUAGACCUUGCUUCUGAGUGAUCUGUUGUUCAUCUAAUUCUUCACUUGGAACUUUGAUGCUUUACAUGUUCAUAAACAUUUGAACUUAGUUGUCCUAGUUCUGAUACAAAUAUAUUUUGGUUUUGACUUGGGUUGUAAAUAGAUUGUUCAAUCUAGUUGAUCAAAAACUGAGUUGAAAUGCUUGAGCUUCAGCUGUUGUUGUUUUAUUUUAUUUUGAAAUUUUAUUGAUUUGUAGCUUCA